AUGUACGAAGGAGACUCGUGGUACAAUGCCUUCGUCCCGCGUGUGGCAAAGCCCCAGGAAAAGGGCAAUCGUCGUCGGCGGGAGAGCCUGCUCAAGCAGGAAAGCGUAAGCCCACCAUCCGCUGCAUGGGAGGCUCAGGCUGACUUCGAGCGCGCAGAAGCCAUUGUAGAGAGUGCAGAAGAAGAACGACCUGGCAAACUCAGCGGCCCUCCCCCGGCGACCGUAGCCCGACGCGCAAAAUCAUACAGCGACUUCUAUACCGUAGUGCGGGCACACUUGAAGAAGGAAAAGGCAUUGGAGAAGAAGAAGCCAAAAGAGGAUAUCAAUACAGAACUGGAGUUGGCUGAGUGGUAUGGCGGAGUCAAUGACGAGCUGCUGGAAGCCAGCCAUGAAGAGUACAGACGCUAUCAAGACCAGCUUCACAUGACGCGAAGCCACCUCCAGACCGUCAUCGCUGAUACCACCUCCACCCUCGAUAUCCUCUCCUCCCUCUCGGAAUCCUUCAAAAUUGUCGAGGCGCAGACCAAUGCGUUCCGCACAAAAUGUGAAGGCCUCAUCGAUGACCAGAAGCGCAUCACCAAGCUUGCCGAUGAUAUGGAGGAGAACCUCCGAUACUACCUAUAUCUCGAGCCUACGACUAAGCGACUCAAUGCGCCUGGCGCAGGCAAGAUUGUACGGGGCAACGAGUUUGUGGAAAUGCUGGCCAAUUUGGACAGUUGUCUGGAAUACAUGCAAGCACACCCCAAGCACCGCGAGGCUGAGACAUAUCGCUCAAGGUACCGCUUGCUGCUCACUCGCGCCCUAACUCUUAUUCGUGUUCAUUUCACCGAAGCCCUGCGGGAAAUUGCAGCAGACGUAGCGAAACGGAUAGCUGACCGGCAGCUUAACGACACAACAAUGUCUGCACUGUUGUAUGCCAAAUUCCGUGUUGGUGCGCCAGAACUGAAGAGCAUUGGCAUGGAAAUACAAAAACGUGCAGUGUUGCCCCCUGGUGCUGCUCCGGGUGCAGAAGCGGAAUAUCAGAGUCUGAUGAACGAGUUGUACCAGAGCUAUUCAGCCACCCGCGGCCGCCUCAUUCUCCCCAUUAUCACAAAAAAGAUCGGAGAGAUUGCACAAGCCCCGAGCACAUCGACUGACUUGGUCGCAUUUGCUCGUAGUAGCAUAAGCUACAUCCGUGGCAUAUGUUUCGAUGAAUGCGGCCUAUGGCGCGAGUGGUUCGAAGGCGAUGGCGGGUUGUACGACUUUCUUGAAGCCGUAUGCGAGCCCUUGUACGAUCAUCUUAGACCGCGGACUAUUCACGAAACCCAAAUACUCAAGCUAUGUGAACUCUGCACUCUAAUACAGACACGGUAUAUGGAGGAAGAGGAAGAAGAGGAAGAGGCCUCUCCGGUGGAAGCCAACAAAAUCGACUUCUCAGUCAUAGUGCAUCCCGCACUACAAGACGCGCAAAACCGCCUCGUAUUUUUAUCCCUAGCCAUCCUGCGAGAUGAUAUUGAAAGAUACAAGCCAAAGCCAGAGGAUCUCGACUACCCCGCGAAAAACAAAAAACAAGCAACCUCCGGAACAAAGUCAAAUCAACCAGCCCUAUCUGGAAAGAAGCAACCAAAGUCCGAGGGUCCCCCUACACCAUUACUGCCAAAUGCACCCACGAUUGUUGACGAAGAUGACUCUGAUGCUCGAUGGAAUUUCAACACUGAAGCUGCGUUCAAGGACUGGUACCCAACCUUGCGAAAGGCUAUUUGGUUGCUCAGUAAAAUUUACAGGCUUGUGCAUUCCUCCGUCUUUGACGACCUAGCUCACCGCAUUGUUCACAGCACCACCGUCUCGCUCACACAGGCCGGUUCACUCCUUGCUAAGUCAACAUCACCUACAGAUGCCGCCUUGUUCCUCAUUUCGCAUUUGCUGCUCUUGAAACAACAAAUUGUAGCUUUCGACAUUGAGUUCGUUACACCAGAGACUGAGGUUCAAUAUAACUUCUCCAGCGUAACGAACACCUUCUGGGAACUCCGCGCACGAGGUGGUCUUUUCAACCCGCGCAACCUGGUCGGCUUGUUGAUUCCUAAAGUCGUGGAAAACAUGCUGGACGCGAAAGCAGAAGUAGACGCCCGUCUACGUCAAGCAAUCAAUGAUUUUACUGGCCAAUUCGUGAACAGGAUGACAGCGCCGAUCGACACAAAGAACAACAAAAAGGUGCCAAUCAACGAAGCUCCCGCGCGCAUCAGCAAGAUUCGGCAGAACAUUGAGCACGAAACACCAUUUCUACGCUCAAAGCUGGAAGAAUACAUCACAGAUGCGAGGACCCGUGAAAUGCUUGUCGCAGCCGUCAUGGAGUCGGUAACCCAGACUUACGAGGACUGGUACGAUACUUCGUAUGCACCCUCUCUCAACAACCAGAACGGAUCCGGUCGGAGCGCCAAAGGCAAGGGUAGGGAAGAUGGUGUCUGGGACCCCGACAUGUUCAGUGAGUGGUGCAGUAGCGUCUUUAAAGUAGGCACACUGGGGUUGGGCAUUGCAGACAACGACCAAGAAGAAUAUGGUGAUGGAGAUGACGGUAGCGACGCUGAUAGUAUGGGUGCUAUUAGUGGGCGUACAGGCACAGAGAGAACGGGUACUACGGGCUUGAGGAUCAAGAUGUGA